UGAAAAAACUAAUAUUGUAAAUAAAAAUUUGUUUUUGAUUAUAUAGUUAAUUAUAGAUAAAUUCAUUAAGGGUAGUAUAGAUAUUAAUCGCUCUAACUUUUAACGUGAGAGCUCCGUUGCAAAAAUUUACUUCGCAAAUAAUAGUAUAGAUAUCUUCAUUAAUUUAGGACAACGUUUCAUCUAUGAAAAGCAAUUAAUUUUUAUUUAUGGAAAUAAUUUAAAUUCUAUGUUUAAUUUUGAAAAUCUAAGAUUUUAAUUUGGAUUGUUUGGUUAAUGCAGAAAAUAAAAUAUAUUAGCUUUUUAUUUUAGUAUAUGUGUGUGUAUAUCUUGGCUUUUGUAGUUACAGUCUAGUGCAGACAAAAAAAGUAGUCACAGUCUCAUCCGGCCGUAAAAUAUGGACCUGCAAGAAUCAGUAAGGAAGCAAAACGGCAUCCUGUGGAGGGUGUAUAAGCACGUGAUCAACACCACCGCCGGGAAGACCUCGAACCUCGUGAUAUCGCCGGCGUUGAUCAAUGUUAUCCUUAGCUUCAUCGCCGCUUAUAAAUCUCCCGGAGCCACCGAAGAACAGAUUCUCUCUUUACUAAAGGCUUCUUCUACCGAUGAGCUUAACGCCGUGUCCUCCCAGAUAGUAACCACCGUCCUUGCCGACAGCACGACAAGUGGCGGGCCAAUGAUCUCGACAGCGAAUGGCUUCUGGAUAGAGAAGUCUCUCUGCUGUGUGGAACAGUCUUUCAAGAAUCUCUUGGAGACUUCGUAUAAGGCUGCCUUCAAACAAGUUGACUUUCGCACUAAGGCUGAUGAAGUGUCUGAAGAGGUGAACACAUGGGUUGAGAAACAGACAAAUGGUCUCAUCACUAGUCUUCUUCCACCAAAGUCUGUAACUCAUUUGACUGAUUACAUAUUUGCUAACGCCUUGUUCUUCAACGGGAGAUGGGACAAAGAGUUUGAUCCAUCGCUUACCAAAGACUCAGACUUCCACCUUCUUGAUGGAACCAAAGUACCUGUGCCCUUCAUGUCCGGUGACUUCUUCAGUUACCACCUCGAUGUCUACCCAGGUUUCAAAGUCCUCAGCCUAUCUUACAGAAAAGGACGACGUGACGGUCGUUCGUUCUCGAUGCAAAUCUAUCUCCCUGAUGAAAAAGAAGGGUUGCCUGCAAUGCUGGAGAUGUUAGCUUCUACUCCUGAGGACGAGGACGAGGACAUUUCUAGCUACAGGGCAGAUAUUGGAGAACUCAAGAUUCCAAAGUUUAAAUUUGGUUUUCACUUUGAAGCCACGGAAGCUCUUAAAAGUUUGGGGUUGAGUCUACCAUUGGAGACGAUCUUCCACAAGUCUUGCAUCGAGGUGGAUGAAGUGGGAUCCAAAGCUGCAGCUGCUGCUGCUGUAGUCGGUGAAGGUUGUUGUGGUCCUGCGGAGAAGAAGUAUGACUUCGUGGCUGAUCAUCCUUUUCUCUUCCUGGUCAAAGAACACGGAAGUGGAGUGGUUCUGUUCCUUGGUCAAGUUCUUGAUCCUUCUAUGCAUUAACUUGCGUCUAAAGUAAUGCCUUUGCGACAAUGAAGGCUUUGUUGUUUCUUUCAUAUUAUUAUGGAUGGGUCAAUUUGUUUAGACAUUAAAGAAAUAAAGAUUAAUCUGGGCAAAAUCUAAGAUCAAAGACAAUCACCAGAGAUAAAUUCCACAGAACACUGUUGAUACCAGUACUAAGAAACAUUCAUCUAAAAACUAAACGUUGUCUUGUCGUAUAG